UUGAAUUUCCAGUGAAAGAUAAAGCGAUUCUGAAAAUUCGCCUUUGAGGGGAAAAAAAGUCCAACUGUCGUAAGAAAAAGAGUUGGAGUUGUAGCGGCCAAGAGAAGGGUGUUGUGAAGAGGCCACGAAAGCCGAAAAGCAAGAGAUAUUCUCCGUCCAGGGAGAGUAAUGAAAGCCGCGGCCGAGAUGAAAGGGAACGAGGAGUGAGAAAGCCGUGGGUUGAAGCUGCCUCCACCAACGCAUCUAAGAAUCUAAGACGUCACUAGUCCGACCUCGUAGUCAUGAAAUAAAAACAUGCAGUCAAUGUCAAUACGAUUAGAAUUGAUUUUGUUUUUAUCCGCGUAAAAUAUAUGAUGGUUUGAUGUUUUUUUUUAACGGAAAACAGUGAUGGAUUUAACUAAUUUGUUUUUAGUUGAGUAGCUGAGCCACUUUAGUGCGUUUUCGCUCGUACAACACGUGUCUGUACGUCACUCCUGAAAAUUCGAGGGAGGUCCAUUUAGCUCGUUUAAAAAGAACCACAAGGGAGAGGGUGAAGAAAGGAACAAAGAAAAUUGUCCUUAAAGAAAUAGACAUUCGCCACUUGUCCCCGCAGAACGCCAUCUGUCAUGGAGAGGCACAAAUGCAAGUGAUGAAAGGCGAACUCGGCAGACAGCAAGCGCGCCCUUCGGAGAUGGACUCAGGCCUCACAGUUCCCGUCUCGCUCCAUCUCGCGGCCAGGUGAGAUAAUGAGAAAGCUACACCAGGCGAAAUAUAACUUCAAGGCAAAGAGAAGAAGAAGAGCAGCCAAGGUCAGAGUCUCCACGGUAAUGACAAAGGUAGCGAUGUAGCACUGUCUUGACCCGAGCACGCACUAUCAACGUAAAAGACUUUAGCUCUUUGGUACAUCAUAUAGAUCGUACGUAUAUGCAUAUCUACAUGUAUGUAUAUACAUCUACUUCACUGCAUCCACACUCCGCUUGUCGCUAGUUUAGUGUAUCCCACAGAACAUUUCUAGAAAGAAGCAUAGGCCUACCGUAAAAGGAGAUCCACCUCACAAGGCACGCGCGCCGCAGACACGAGAGAGCCGCACCGCGACCGCACAUCGAAGAAGCCGCAAGUCUCGGAGCCGAGGAGGUCAGGCUGCAACAUGCGCGGGAUCCUCUUGCUAGCUGACCUCAAGAGGCUGCUGACCCCGCACAUGCGCUGAGGGUGAAAUGAAGAAGCAAAACGUACGUACGCUCUCCCUGAUCGUCAUCACCCUGACCUAUCUGCUUGUGGGAGCGGCCGUGUUCGACGCCCUCGAGUCGGAGCACGAGAGCAGGAAGUCGCAGGCUCUCGCAAAAAUCGAGAAGAAAUUGAUCGAGAAAUACAGCAUUGAACACAACGACUAUCUCUUGCUGGAGACCAUCGUGUUGUCUGAAGUUCCCUACAAGGCCGAGCAACAGUGGAAGUUCGUCGGGGCGUUCUAUUACGCCACUACGGUCCUCACUACGAUCGGGUACGGCCACUCCACCCCGAGCACCAUUCCGGGCAAGAUCUUCACCAUAUUUUACGCUAUGGUAGGGAUUCCUCUUUGCCUCGUCCUCUUCCACUCCAUUGGUGAACGUUUGAACAAAGUGUCGUCCAUUGUUAUCAAAAGUAUUAAGAAACUGCUGAAGUGCCGCAACACCGACGCGACGGAGAUCGACCUCAUCCUGGUGGUGACGACCCUCUCCACCAUUACCAUCACCUCUGGCGCGGCCGUCUUCAGGAGCUACGAAGGCUGGACGUAUUUCAACUCCGUCUACUACUGCGUCAUCACUCUUACUACUAUAGGCUUCGGCGACAUGGUAGCGCUGCAGCGCGAGAACACCCUCAACGAGAAGCCCGAGUACGUGGCCUUCGCGCUGGUCUUCAUCCUGUUCGGGAUGGCCAUCGUCGCCGCCUCCCUCAACCUGUUCGUGCUGCGCUUCGUCACCAUGAACACCGAGGACGAGCGGCGGGACGAGGCGGAGGCGCAGCAGGCGGCGGCGGGGGCGGUUCGUCUGGAGGGCGACGUCAUCACGGCCAACGGGUCCAUCCUCUCGGGCCAGUGUCCGCAGGAGGCAGCGUCCUUCACCGACCUGACCUCCGUGUGCUCCUGCACCUGCGUGUCGUGCGCGCCCUGCCCGGCGCUGCCCUUCAGGGGCGCGCAGAGCAUGCGGAAGAACCCCAUCAGCCUGGCGUACAUCCUGCCGCACCGCCGCAACUUCCGCAAGAGCCAGACGCAGCACCAUCAGGUCACGCACACGGAGACACAAGAGGACCUGUGUUCCUCGUCCGAGUUCGAGGCGGUCGCGACGCCAGCGCACCUGCAGAAGCGGAACUCUGUCUAGCCUCAUGGCGGUCGGACUAUAGAAAAAGCGAGAGGAAAAGAUAAUGAGAGAGAGAGAGAGAGAGAG